GGGCCUAGUACGCUGGAGCCACAGGAGUCAGCUGCAAAGCGGCGCCGUCUCGGAGCGCCUGUCGCUGAUGGUUCACUGAAUGAUUCUCGCGAUGUCUCCAUCCUUCCCGAUGCGAAUUCUUCUGUAGUCCGCAUUCAGCGGGCUCUUUCUGGUCAACGUGAACCGCAGUCUAAGGAGAUAUUGGGCUUCUCUUGAACCACGUAUUCCUGAAUAUCUAGUGAGUGCAACUGGUGUCCCGAUUUUGUUCUAUGACUGCCCAGUUAGGUCGUACAACGAUCUCAUUAGCGAGCAUGCAACGUCCAACACCAGUGGGUUUCUCACUUGGAUGCGCGAGACUCAACCUGUCGCAGCAACAAUGUUCUACAACACUGGCCACCGAGUCCAGUCUGGCGCUUUCAAGACGAUGCGACGUGGACGUAUCAACCCAUCACCAUUCGAACCCAGCAUCUCCUCGCCUGAUGGACGUGUUGCAGUGAAGCAGCUACGCAACAGCACUGCCACCAGCAUCUCAUCUGGUAGCAGUGUCCAGCCAGAUGACUCGGAUCACGUCACAGUCCUGACGGAGCAUGUUGCGCAGCUUGUCACUGACGUGCUUGCUACGCUUUGGGCAGACGCACUUCUCCGGGCCGUCUACGAGUUUAUUGACACGUACGAGGCCAAGCACCGCUCAACAUUCCCUUGGGAGAUCCCUCGCUUUCGUUACGUCCGCACGGGUUUGGCAGUUACAAAUGUUCCCGACAGUGCCAUGCGCCCCAGGGACAAGGCCGUGUAUCUGGUGGAGGAACUAAUCGAUUCAGAGGUGGAAGGCGAGUGGAGAAAGUAUAUGAACAAUAACACAGCUCGUCAUCGCUUCAUCGAUAUGAACAACUCGGAUCCACAGAACUUCAAGCGAGCAGAGUUCCUCGCGUUCUGUCAGCACUUCCAAUAUUGGCAUACGAGCACUCAAGCUUUUACUGCUGACUUCCAAGGAGGCAAUACUCUAUUGUCGGAUCCGCAGAUCAUCACAGAUCCCUGCCUUGGCCGCGAAUUGUUCAGCAAAGGGAACCUCGCCAAUACACACCGCAACUUCAAGCGCGACCACGUCUGCAACACCUUCUGCAAGUACUUCGAGCUACCGGACUGCGGCGAGUUAUGAAGCUUCAGAUCUUCAUCAGAAAGGCUUUCGACUCUCGAGCGACCAAGUGGGCGUCGGCCGCCGGGUAAGUGAGUCAUGAUGAUUGGCUCCGAGUUACAGUCCAGUUUCACUUGAAGUACUGACUUGGGAUCCUGGACGUCCAUUGCAGUAUAUCAUUCGUUCAGCAAGACGUGCUAAUGUUCAUAGUAGUAUCGAGUUUUAAUCACUGCGACUUUCUGAACUACGCUACAUUCAUCACUACGCUGCCACGCAUCCACAUAUGCUGAUAAUCCUCCAUCUCACACUUUCCCUCACUACCUAUGUGCUUACUGUAAUGCAGCCGAAUUGGCGUCGUGAUUCUCCAAGUCCAGUCGACUAGUCACUGGCACUAUAAAACGAGUUUGAGCCUUACUAGUAGGCUCCGAGUCGAAUUCCCGGACUUAUGGCUCCGAGUGAGU